AGUUAGCAAAACAAGCCUUUCAAUAACUUGACGUACUUAGCGCCCGGAUGACAACAAAAAGUUUGAAAUGAAGAUAAAUUUCACUAAAGAAUUAUAGAGUUUAAACAAUUUUCUGAAGUUAGGACAAAAUAUUCAGAUUAACCAUGGCUGCUAGAGAUUUGUCCAAAACGUUCGAUGAAUUCGAAUCGGACGAAUUAAGUCUUGAAACGUCCGUUCCUACAGAUUUGACAUUGUCCCCUGAGAGAGAAACUGACCGAUUCUCUGGCGAUAGAAAAGAUAGACGCACGAAAAUAACCCGACAGCUCAUAGAAAGAAAACAAUUAAUGCAUGAUAUGCAGCUUUUACGAAUUGAGUUGUCACAGAAAAAUUUAACUUUAGAAAAUGUGAAGGCGGAAUCAUUGCAAAGGGUGGAAGAACUUGAAGAGAGGCUGAAUGAUGCACUUCACCAAAAACAAAUUUUAACGGCUCGUCUUGAGUCACAGCUAACUAUUCAAGAACAAGAAUCAAAAAGACGUCAAAACUUAGUUAAAGAAGAGCUAGAAGAUGUUCGUAAAAAACAGCAACAGCUUGAAGGAACAAAUGAAAAACUGCAAGAAAGGGCCGGGAAUGUCAGGCGAAGUUUGAGAGACCUCACUCUUUCAGAAGAUAGAUAUUAUGAACUCAGAGGGCAAAGUGAAGAAGACUUGUCACUUAGAGACUAUGUAGCGAUGAAGUUUUAUGAGGCAGUAAGACCAGUACAAACAGAAUGUGAUGAACUCAGACUGAGGACAAGUACUUUAGAGGCUGAUACUAGAUCAUCAUCAAAACAGAUUUCUGAACUACAAUCAAAAUUAGACCAAGAAAGAGACGAGCAUGGUGACAUCCGAGUCAAGUACCAGAAACUGGUAAUGGACUUAUCAGAAACAAAAUCUCAAGUGAAACAGGAGGACUAUAAAGUUAAUAAUUAUGAUCAACUCAAACAUGAGCGUGACAAUUUAGAACAUGACCGUUUAGAAUCACAGAGACAGUUAACAGUACUUGAUGGAUCACAUCAUACUUUACAGAAAGAAAGAGAUGAACUGCAUAGUGAUUUCACAGCUGCAAAGCAGUCAUUAUCUUUACUCAAACAAGACAAGGAUUAUCUGACCAAGCAGGUCUCUGAUUUGACAAACAGAUGUACUUAUGCAGAGGAGAAGCUUCAACAGAUCAAUGCACAGCUAGAUGAUGCAAAACGUUCUAGAGAGGAGAUGUAUGAGAAAUAUGUCAGUUCAAGGGAUCAGUACAAGACAGAAUAUGAAAACAAAUUAAAGGAAGAACUAGAACAGAUCAGGACAAAGACAAACUCUGAGAUUGACAGACUUAGAACAAGUACCAGGGAGAUGUACGAAAGAGAAAACAGAAAUUUACGUGAAGCUAGAGAUAUGUCAAUGUCAGAAAAAGACCGAGCACAGAACACAGAGAGGGAAACUUCUACAAAAUAUGAACAGCUAAUGACACAAUUUCGUGAGUUACAGAUGAAUGGUGACAACAAGGUUGUAGAACUACAGAAUGAUUUGAAAUUAAAGGGGUUUGAGGUUGAAAGAACCCAGAUGGUUCACGAGGAAACUGUACGAAAUCUCAAAGAAUCACAGCUGGAAAUUGAAAAACAUCAUAAAAAAAUAGAGGUUCUAACCAAAGAAUAUUAUGCUUUACAAACUUCAAUGGAGAAGAAAGUGGUAGAACUAGAAUCUCAUAUCUCUGAUAAAAAGGCAAAGUUAGAAACUUACGAGAAAGUAGAGAAAGAACUGGAUGAUAUUGUUAUGCAGGCUGCAGAAGUUGAAGAUGAAACAGAAGCAGAGAAAGUCCUAUUCUCUUAUGGUUAUGGUGCUAAUAUUCCAAGUACAUCAAAACGUAGACUUCAGCAAAGUGUACAUUUAGCAAGAAGAGUUUUACAGUUAGAAAAAAUCAAUUCCAACCAGAAAAAAGAAAUUGAUGUAGAAAAAUUAAAACUGAAACAGCUUGCUGAAGAGUUAAAGAACAGUAACUCUAUACUAGACCAGGCCCAGCAACCAUACAACUAUUUGAUAGAGAGUAUACGUCAGAGGGACAAUCAGAUCAUGAAACAGAAAGAUUAUACAGCAACCCUAGAGCAUGAUGUCAAGAAGUUUACAAAAGAAAAGGAAGAUUUAAUACGGACAAAGAACCAGAUGUCUCUAGAUUUAGAAAGAUUACUCAACCAAAGAGAGGAAAUGUCAGUUAUGAAGCAAGUGGUGAUGAAUUUAUCUACACGUAAAUAUGGAGAGAAAAAGACCCAGUCAAGAGACCUGGCUCGACCUAAAAGCCCUAAAAGUUUAGCGAUUCACUUGCCUUCUCAUGACUUUGAAACAUAUGAUGAACCAAAUAUAGUAAAACCUGGAUCUAUAUCUCUUACAAAAGAUAAUCCUCAGUGGGCCAGCAAGUUAAAGAAGAAACAUGCAGCACAGAAUACAAAAUUUACAAAAGUUUAUGCAACAGCGACAUCUUGAUAGACGUGGUCCUGAUUGAUGGAAGUUGUUAAUCAACCUUUAAUUGUAGCAGUUGAGAUGAAAACCUGUGAUAUACAUGUACUGUACUGAAAGCAUUUAACAGACAUUUUAAAACAGAAAAUUAUGAAAGUUAGCCGACUUUUGAGACAGCAAAAACAAAUACAGAUAUCGUUAUUUCUUGUUUUUCUUUCGACAAGAAUUGUUUAUAUUGAAACAUAGAGAUGUAUGUAACUCGUGCCUAUUAAUCCUUUGCUGUUUUUGUUGACAAGUUUCUUCAUGACUUUGUUAGAAUCUCCGCCACUUUUAUAAUUUGUGACAGUAUUUCCUAAAUUAUAAAUAGAUGUAAUUGGCCGAUUCAGAAUCUAAAGAAUCAUGGGUAAUUCCAUUGUUCGUACCCCAAAGUGAAAAUAACGCCACAUCAUUGGUGAAAUUUCCAUUGCUUAUGACAUUUUUAACCAAUCCGGACGUUGUGAUGUACACUUUUGAAAAUGUUUCCCAGGAUGCAUUAGAUUCUGAAACGGCCAAUUUAGAUAAUUGUUAGUUUUCACAUUAAAUUUUUCAAUCCAAAGCUGUAUAUUUAAGGAAAAUAACUGUUGUUUACAUUAAAAAAGUCAAAGCAAAGUUUUAGCAAGUGCAUAUUGAUGAGUAUAAAAAAACCUGUAAAAGAUGGAUGUCCAGUGACAUUUAUUAUGAUUUUGAUUUAAUUUUCCAAUUAAAAAAACAUCAUGAGACUAUAUAUGUUAAGGAUGUUUGCUACUCUGUUUUAAAAUAACAAGCUUUUUAAAAGACUGUUAUAAAUUGAUAAUAUAUAAAUAAAGAAACUAUAAAAGCAGAACAAAAUGGAGAGUCCUUGUGCUUGUUUUUCGAGGUAUAAGCCAUUGCAAAUUUGGCAGGAAAAUCUGACAAAAUGGUUAAAAACUAAGUAGCAAACCUCCUUAAGCUUAAUUUGUUGUUUUAAGAUCAUGAUUUAAUAAAGGUUGGAAUUAUCAAUUUUAAUUCAGUGAUAUGUAUUCUUUUAAUUGUAAUGCUUGAUUUGAAAAGAAGAACAGUUGAUAUAUUUUUUAUUCUUUCAUGUACUUUAUAUAUCUCAUAUUAACAUAUUUUCAUUCUUUUAUGUUCUAUAGUAUAUUUAGAUAUUAUGUAUUAUUUAUGUAUUACAUAAUUUAUUUUGUAUAUACAUUGUUUAUUAUAAAUAACAAAAUCAUA